AGUUUGGGAAGAUGGAUGAUAAUGAAGAGCCAAAAAGCUUAACUGCUCGCCAAAUGGAGGAUGAAUGUGCAAGAAUGACUGCCUCAGAAGGUUUGGAGGAAGGAGAAGUUGAAGGGGAAACCCUACUGAUAGUUGAGUCAGAAGACCAGGCUUCAGUAGAUCUGUCCCAUGAUCAGAGUGGGGAUUCUUUGAAUAGUGAGUUAGGUGAUGAAGGGGAGAUGUCCUGGAUGGAAGAGAUGUCCUAUUACUGUGACAAAUGCCAGAAGUGGAUACCUGCAACUCAGCUAAGGGCAGAACAUCCCAGUUACUUGCGGGGUGAUAACUUCUUCCGAUUCACUUGUUCAGAAUGUGCAGAAGACGGUAAGGACCACUUUGAGAGACUGAAGCUCACAUGGCAACAAGUUGUGAUGUUGGCCAUGUACAAUUUGUCAUUGGAAGGAACUGGUCGCCAAGGUUACUUUCGCUGGAAGGAAGAUAUUUGUGCUUUUAUUGACAAACACUGGGCCUUCUUAUUGGGAAACAGGAAAAAGACUUCAACCUGGUGGAGCACUGUAGCAGGCUGCCUGUCUGUGGGAAGCCCCAUGUAUUUCCGUUCGGGUGCACAGCAGUUUGGCGAACCAGGUUGGUGGAAGCUGGUCCAUAAUAAGCCUCCUGUCAUGAGGCCAGAAGGAGAGAGGCCAUCGAGCACCACACUGAAAGCAAGAGCUGUCAAGCCUCCCUUGGAUCCAAUUAUUACAGUGGAAGGACUUCGAAAACGAGUGAGUCGAAACCCUGUAGAAACAGCUAUGGAAUUAAAAGAGAAACGAUCCCGCACUCAGGAAGCUAAGGACAUUCGGCGUGCUCAGAAGGAGGCUGCUACGUUCAUUGACAGGAGCACAUCUUCAACUCCAGUAAAGUUCUGCAGCCGAACUCGUAGGUCAGAACUGAUCCUAGAAAAAGGAGAAGUGAUUGACUUUUCCUCCCUGAGCUCUUCAGAUCGGACUCCACUUACUAGCCCCUCUCCAUCCCCCUCACUGGAUUUUUCAGCUCCUGGGACUCCACUAUCUCAUUCAGCUACUCCCAGUCUCUUGUCUGAGGCAGACCUCAUUCCUGAUGUUAUGCCUCCCCAAGCACUGUUUCAUGAUGAUGAAGAAGGUGAAGUGGAUGGUGUUAUUGAUCCUGGAAUAGAAUAUGUGCCACCUUCCAAUGUCACUACUGGCACCAUGAUCAUAAGUAGGAAGAAAAUGAAGGCAGAUGAUCAAAUUAAAUGUGAUGUGGAAGAGGAUGAGGAUAGAGCUGAGAAAAUGGAAGCAGAUAUUGAAGAACCCCAGGAUGCCAUUGAACUAUCUCAAUUUAGUGUUCGAGAGAGGAAAAAAAUCCAGGCAGAGAAAGUUGUGGACAUGCCUGCACCGAAGUGUAUUGCCCUCAGUCUGUAUGAUGAGAGACUUUUACUCCGAAGGCUAGAAUCUUGUCCCCAUGCAGUAGCCUUAAGUGUAGAGGCCAAACGAUUGCGCCGCAAACUGCUUGUGAGACAAGUCAAAAAGGAAUGUGGUUUACCCUUGUUUGAUCUGGAUCAAGCUGUUGAAGCUGCAGUGUCAUUGGUCGGUGGGCAAUAUGGAGCAAAGGAAAGUGACCAUGCCCAGAUACCAUUGGGUGUUGGGACUUUUCGGACUAUUAGUCAAGACUUUCGGAUCUUGGAUCGGUACCAGAUGUCUUUCUCACACAUGAAAGGAUAUCAACAAGAAAAGACAAAGUUUAUACAGCGACUGAUUGGAUCAGGAGACAUGUUAAUGAAGCAAAGCAUCAUCAGCCCAUAUACAUCACGAGUCCUCAAACCAUAUAUCAGGCGUGACUUCGAAUGCAAUCCACCUAAACUACAACUACUGUCUGAAAUCCGGGCCUAUCCACAUCGAAAUGAUCCUACUUGGAAAGCAGAAGCUGAUGCCCCAGUUGAUUACUGCUAUGUCUGCCCUAAUUUUAUUCCAACGAUAAACUCAAUGUGCCAUGAAUUCUUCUGGCCAGGCAUUGACUUGUCAGAGAGUUUACAGUACCCAGAUUUCAGUGUUGUCGUCCUCUACAGAAAAGUUAUUGUGGGUUUUGGCUUCAUGGUCCCUGAUGUGAAGUACAAUCAGGCAUAUAUUUCUUUCCUGCUGGUUCAUCCAGAAUGGAGGAGAGCUGGGAUUGCAACCUUCAUGAUUUACCACCUCAUUCAGACUUGCAUGGGAAAGGAUGUGACUCUCCAUGUCUCAGCCAGUAACUCCGCUAUGCUGCUGUAUCAGAAGUUUGGGUUCAAGGCUGAAGAAUACAUCUUGGAUUUCUAUGACAAGUACUACCCCUUGGAUAGCAAGCAGUGCAAACAUGCAUUUUUGCUCAGAUUGCGAAGAUGAUCUUGUGAAAGUCAUAAAAUUAAAGAAUUUAUUGGAAAGAUCCUGUGUUAUGAAGGAUUAGGCCCUAACCAACAUUCCUUUUAUGUGAACUUGUAAAGGACAGACAAUUAGGCUGAAACAAUGACCCCAUUAUGACUUUAGAUCAACUUUUGAAAUAAAAAUUUUAUGAUCUGUUUUACAAAGCCAUUCUGGCACAAAACAUUAGAAAUUUUACACAAAAUUCACAGUUGGCCAGCAGCAAAUGAAGAAUUCCUAUUAAAUCUGUGUAACAUACUGCAAUAUCCUAAGCCACUGGUGGAACAAAUAAAGGGAAAGAACACAAGUGAGCAUUUGUAUUUCUUUGAGAUGAGUAAUGUAGAAAGAAAUGCAGUAGAAUUUUGUGAAUAAUGCCUUAAAUACUUUGCAUUUCAGUUACAGAUCAGCAUUAUGCAGUGGUUUGUAUUUAGUAUCAGCAAGUCCUUUAAAACAUGCAGUUUGACCUCAGUGAUAAUUUUGUACCAUCAUCUGUUUUCAACAGUCUCACCAGCAUUCCCAUUUUAUUGUCUGCAUAUGGUGGAAUGAGGGUGGGUGAUUUGUGAGGACAGGUAAAUCUGAGAUAUCAUUGCUCCUAAGGUAAUGAAGCACAUCCGCAGUUUAGGACAGACUGAAAGAACUAGUAAUUUUUAUAAUGCUAUUCAUAAUUUCAGGGUUCCGAAAGUAUUUACAGCUAAUGAAGUGCUGCUGAAGUGUGGUCACUUGUAGGAAAUGCAAAAUUACUGCACACAUGGUCUCAUAAAUAGCAAAGUGAUAACAAUCACAUAAUUUGUUUCAGUGGUAUUGACUGAGAGAUGCAUUGGCCAGUACAUGAACUUUUACAUUCUUCUAAAUAGUUGAGUAGUUGCUUGGAAUAAUUUACAUUUGAUAAGAGGCGAGAUGGCCUAAGUUUAACAUAUGAAAGCUAGCAUCUUGGAUUGUUUAGCACAUCCUCCAUUGCAUGCAGUGCCAGCAUAGAAGAAUUUGUGCUUAACUGUCUGAAGUUACAACCUUCUGACCAAGCUGAAAGUUUGAAUCUUUGUUUCUUUUAACCUUUAAAGAGUCAAAGUUACAAAAGUCAUGAAGUAAAAUUAGCAAGAAAGCACUUGAGAACUCAGAUUUCCAUAACAGAUUCUCCUGCUAAUACCUGAUCACACUCUUGCCACAUUCAAGACAUUAACUUCAGGUUUCUCAAAGCCACGUGUUUGGUAUUUUAGGUUUCUUAUUGUAACCAGAAGCAGAUGAGGAACACUUAGUGGGAGGUUGGAUUUUUGUAAACUACUUUGCUGGACUUAAAUUUUAUUUCAGAAGACACACUUCUGAAAAUAAAAGAAACAAGUUAGAGAAAGAUUUUUAUUUCACAUUUAUUUAAGAUGACCAGCAUAUGUAAUGUCACAUUAGGAAUGUUCUGCUACAAAAUGUUUUAGGGUUCUGUGGAAAAGUAGUGCAAUCCUUGGAUUUACAGUUAAUUUUUUCUCAUGAAAUGUAUAAAAGACAUGCUGGAUCAAAACCAGUGUCAGUUUCAUAUUGGAAAAGAACAUGAAGACUCCUCUUUCUCCCUUGGGUGGAAUAUCCAUUGUGAGUCUUUUCAAAAUAACAAGGGCUUCCCAAAAACAUACAGCUGCAGAAUGAUUGA